UGCUAGCUGUUAGCUUCCCAACAGCUGUCGGUGGCCCUCAGUGAGCAAAGCCUGUCAAUCUUAACGGCUCUGAUUCCUUUAGAGGACCGCCGUUUUACUUACUCCAGGAACCAGCUGUUUUUCUUUUCUUAGGGUUUCCUACCGUGUUAUACGGUUGUCGUUGCUCUUGCCGUCACGAUAGACAGAAGUCCUGGGACAUGGCCAGAGCAGAACAAGUGCUGGUGCUAGAGCCGCCACAGGAACUCAAAUUCAGAGGCCCUUUUAAAGAUGUUGUCACCGCCACACUGAAGCUCACUAACCCAUCAGACAGAAAUGUCUGUUUCAAAGUUAAGACAACCGCACCUCGCAGAUACUGUGUGCGUCCGAACAGUGGCAUCAUCGACGCUGGAACUUCCAUAAAUGUUUCUGUUAUGCUACAGCCAUUUGAGUACGACCCCAAUGAGAAGAGUAAACAUAAAUUCAUGGUGCAGUCCAUUCUGGCUCCCAGAGACAUGACUGACAUGGAAGGAGUUUGGAAAGAGGCAAGGCCUGAGGAGCUGAUGGAUUCAAAGCUAAGGUGUACAUUUGAGAUGCCUCUAGAAAAUGACAAAGCUCAUGAGAGUGAAAGCAACAAAACUGUGUCUUCCUCUACCUCUGUUAAGACUGAGCACCAUGUGGCGCCUAAGUCCUCCAGCGCCUCGCUGGAUGACGGGGAGGUGAAGAAGAUCAUGGAGGAGUGCAAGCAGCUGCAGAUGGAGGUGCAGAGGCUACGAGAAGAAAACAAACAAAUCCGGGAGGACGACGGCCUGCGGAAGAGGAAGCUUACAACAGUGCCUAGUCCUCACUCCAAGAACAUGGCUAACUCGAUGAUGACGAGGGAGGAAGGCCUGAGCACCCGCGUCCUUGCAUUGUGCUUGCUCUUCUUUGUGAUCGGAGCCAUCAUCGGGAAGCUGGUUCUUUAGAGACACAGACAGAGCACAGCGACCGACCGACGGAAGGAUGGACACCGUGUUUUAAAGGGCACGUAGCGAUGACGGCAACGGCGAUCAAUGUCUUCUGGGUUUUCUGUUCAUCUGUUUGCUUUUUUUUCUUUACAAUUUAAAAGCUAUUAGCCGAGGGUUUAUUUUUCUUCAACAACAACAUUUGUACAAUGAUGAUUUAAAAGACAGCUGAGUGAAAAGCUCUAAAUUUCUACUGUUAAAUAAGGCGUUCAUCAGGCAGUAAGGAUGGCUUGAGUAAACACUGGUGAACUGGCAACAUUUGAGAUAUUCUGGUGUAGAUUCAGACCCAUGUUAAUCUUUACUUAGAAUGCAAAUAAAAUGCCAAAAAUCCAGUUAGUUUUGAUGAUUCCCAUGAUGGAUGCUUCUGUUGUUGGCAGCACAUUGAUCGUCUUCAGAGCUUAGCGUUGGUUAAUGCUGCCUAAUUGGGCAGAUCUAUUUACUUUCCUAAUCGAUUUGUUUCUGAGCAGUGAUAAAAUAAGUCAAAGCCAAUUUCCUGCUUCCUCUGCCUCAACUAGUACUGUGAAACACCAGCACUCUGGCAGGGAUAUGAUUUAUCUCCGUUCCCCAUGGUGUAUGUUCCAAUAAUGGUGAUAGGCUGCACUCUUAAUGGGGCUAAAUUGUAGAACCAGGCUGUUUAUGUCCGUCUGCUUUCUAAUCCGUCUGCAGUACCGACCGUCGUCACAGCAUCUUAUUGCCACGCUGCUUUUAAAUAAUCUAGUUUAAAUACUGAAAUUCAUACUGGUUAAACUGGAUCCCUUCUCACUGCUGGUCGUACAGCAGGAGCGGCAGGUUUUGCAGCAGUUCAUGAAACUGGUUCUUUUUUCUUUCAAUCGAAAUACCAUGCAUGUGUCCUUAGUAACCAUCGCUGAAGGAUAAAUUUAGGAGAAAAUGGAGAAACAUCACCAAAGGAUGUACUGAUCAGGUGACUUGUGGCAUCUUUUUUGCUGGGUUUUAUCAUGAUGAAGGUAUCUUGACACUGAGGUGUUUUUAUCCAUGACGAUCCUUUUUCUAAUGCGAGUUUAAUCAUUGUACAGAAGGUCUGACUACUUUAAAGGGAGUGUUAAAAACCACCGUGUGUCUAAGGAGAGUGAAAGGUAAACAAAGGAGGGCAGGCCCAAGUUAAACCACAAAGCUUAGUGUUUUUUGUCACACAUCUGGCUUUUUUUGUUGUCUUUUGUACUCGAGUCUUGUUGUUCUUCACUGCUUCUGAUCUUUUUUUUUUCCGUCCAUCUUUGCUUCCUAAAGGAUCUUCCCCAACUUUUGCACCGGUGGCAGUAGGAGGUGUGUGGAAAUGGCUUAACGCUGGCUGAAUGUUUAGUCUUUCAUUGAUUCUCUAAGCUCCUCCCUCGCUUGUCUUUGCCGCUUUUAUCUCGUCUCUUCCACUAAUUACUGAUGAUCUAACGGAACAGAAAAGCAAAAUUAAUCAUUGAAAGACUUUUUUUUUUUUCUCCUGAAUGCAAACUCCAUGUAUUGUCUUCUAAAGAGUGACGUGAAAAACUAUAUAUGUAUAAAAAUAUAAAUAUAUGUAUACUGUAUGUAUGAGCCAGUAGAUGCUGUGUGUGUGUGUGGAUGUUUUAAAGUGGUGGUGCUGCAGUUUCCUGUUUCUAGCAGGAAAAAUGGGGACGUUUAUUUGAAAAAAACAACAAAAAAAUCAAAUCUCUUCAAUCAAAUUAAGAUUUUUGGGCCACUAAUAAAGUUCUGACUCAAUAAAGGGUUAUGAUGAA